UAUUCGUGGCAAAGCGUUUUUCCCAGUUUGCUUUGAAUCUUACGUGCAGCCUGCGUUUAGUUUGGAUUUGGCUAAAUAUUUGUAAUUGUAAGACUGUAAUCGUCUGAAGAGUUGGAGGUUAGUGCAGAGUGGUGGCUUGUUGCGGAAGACACCGAGAGGAACGGCAGUGUACUGCAGCCUGGAAUCAUCAGGAAUGCAGCAUACGACAGUGUGACUGAGCUCCGCUUUCGUGUUGUCUGACAGCAUCCUCUUCUGUCCGACUGUUUAUCUGCUAUCCAGUUGCUGAGGUUUCUGGUUGAUGAUGGCCUUGCGGGGACUCUGCUCCUCCUUGCUGCCGUGUCUGUCCUCCCGUUCCGCGGUGCAAUUCCCGAAAACGGCGUCGUGGAGUCGCUGGGAGUCGUGGUGGGGUUCCUGCAGUCUGGCACACGGGGAGUCCCUGCCCCUGCAUUCCCCGCAGCAGCAGAGUAUCCGCUGGAAGCGGGCGCGCUCGGUGGCCCCGGGUCCGCGGCAGAACCAGCCGCGCCGCCACUGGAUCACGCCCGAGCUCCCGGCCGGGCUGGAGGCCCGUGAGCAGCUCAGCGCCGAGAACCGCGCCUUCCUGCAGCAGGUCGUCCAGGACACCUACCCCGCCGCCGCCGCCGCCGUCUCGCCCCUGCGCACGCCGCCCCCCGAGCGGGCCCCCUACACCUUCAAGACCCGGCGCUGCGGCCUACUGUGCCGGAAGAUCGGCGUGAUGCCGCAGUGGACCAAGACCGGCAAGAAGAUCCUCACCACGCUGCUGCAGGUCGUCGACAACCACGUCAUCAGCAUGUCGCCGUCGUCGCAGUUCGGGACGACCCACCGCGGCCAGCACUACAAGGCGGCGCGCAAGGGCCUCAGCUCGCUGGUCGUCGGCGCCGAGAGCAUCGACCCCACCAACUUGACGGACGACUACUGCCGGCUCUUCGAGGCCUCGGGCCUGCAGCCGAAGCGCAAGCUGAGCAAGAUGAUCGUCUCGGACCACGCCGUCAUCCCGGUGGGGACGCCGCUGCGGGCCACGCACUUCCGCGUCGGCGACUACGUCGACAUUGGCGGCCGCACCGUGGACCACGGGUUCCAGGGCGUGAUGAAGCGCUGGAACAUGCGCGGCGGCCCGGCCAGCCACGGCGCCACGAAAUCCCACCGGCGCAUCGGCAGCAUCGGCUUCCGCCGGCACAACGGGCGCAUCAUGAAGGGGAAGCGCAUGCCGGGCCACAUGGGCAACACCUACCGCGUGCACAAGGGCGUGCAGAUCCUGCGCAUCAACACGCGCCACGACGUGCUGUGGGUGCGCGGCCGCGCCAUCCCCGGCGCGACCAACUCGUGGUGCAUGGUCUGGGACACGCACGUCCUGCCCAAGCGCCGGCUCAACCUGCAGACGCCGCCGCCCAUGCCGACGCACUACCCCGAGGAGGACGCCCAGCCCCUGCCCGAGGAGCUCGUCCACCCCGACCUCCACGUCUGGGACGCGCCCACCAUCGUCUUCCAGGUCACCGAGGACGACCUCAAGCAGAAGGUCCGCACCGGCGCCAAGACCGCCUUGAAAGCCAAGGCCGCCGCGCCCGCCGCCGCUGCUGCCAAGGCCAAGAAAUGAGCAAUCGCCUCUUCUCUGUCGCGUCCUUCAAUCGUUGUGGCAUACACGGCGUUUUGUACUGUACAAUAAAUAAUUACAGAAAAAUAUUCCUGCUGACUGGAAAGCGACCGAUUUGCAUUUCACUAACUGCAAAACAUGUAGACCACUCAC